AUGAGGAGCAACAGCCGGCGCAAGCUGGAUCAGAGGAUGUUUGGGGAGCAGGUCCGAGAAUGCAUGGGCCAUGGUUACCUGCUCUCCUCCAAGAAGAUCGGCUCUGGCGCUUUCUCCAAGGUCUACCUGGCCUAUGCAACACGUGAGCGCAUGAAGCACAAUGCUAGGCUCUCCUCCGACUUGCGGGGCAAGCACCACACUAUGGUGGCUAUUAAGAUUGUGUCCAUGGAUGAAGCGCCCGUGGAGUAUUCCAGAAAGUUCCUGCCACGUGAGAUUUCCUCACUCAAUGCCACCUACAAGCACCUGAACAUAGUGCAGUUGUAUGAGACCUACCAGAACAGCCAGCGCUCCUACCUGGUACUGGAGUUGGCAGCCCGAGGUGACCUGUUGGAGCAUAUCAAUGCAGUGUCGGACCUCCGAUGUUGUCCAGGGCUGGAGGAGGAAGAAGCCCGAAGGCUGUUCUGGCAACUGGUCAGCGCCGUGGCCCACUGCCACAGCGUUGGCAUCGUGCACCGGGACUUGAAAUGUGAAAAUAUCCUGUUGGAUGACCAUGGCUUCCUAAAGCUGACAGACUUUGGCUUUGCCAACUACACGAAGCUCAGGAAUUCCCUGCUGAGCACCUUCUGUGGCUCUAUGGCCUAUACGGCCCCAGAGAUCCUCAUGAGCAAGAAGUACACCGGUGAGCAGGCUGAUCUGUGGAGCUUAGGAAUCAUCCUCCAUGCCAUGGUGUCCGGGAAGCUGCCGUUCAAGGAAUGCCAACCCCAUCGCAUGCUGCACCUGAUUCGUCGAGGUCCCAUCUUCAGCCCGGGGCUGUCCCCAGAGUGCCGGGACCUGAUCAGAGGGCUGCUUCAGCUGCAUCCGGGUGCGCGCCUGGGCCUACAGCAGGUGGCUGCUCACUGCUGGAUGCUGCCUGCAGAACACAUCUUGCCCUCUACACUUGGUGCCGCCCCAGAACAGGAGCAUUCCCAGGUGGCAGAAGACCUAGCUGACACAGAACCGGACAGAGAGAUACAUACCAGAAGCAAAGGUUACAGCACCUCCAGUGGCAGGAAAGUGUCACUGGCCUGGCUGUGCAGCACCUGGAAGCCUGUGCCAGAGGAAUAGGUUAUACCAGCCGUGGGUUCCUGCGUACCAUGGCAGGUCGUCGCUCUCUAUGCCCCAUAUUCCCUAACAGGAACAUGCCUGGGCACUAUCUGGUCAA